AUGACCCCAUUUGAUUUUUUUUUUAAUUUAUAAUUAAAAAAAACAUAUAAACUAUAACACUUAUUUUUACAAAAAAUAAAACCCAAAAAAAACCCAUCUGCAUCAUCUCUCUCUCUUUCUUAUCUCAGCUCUAAUUAAACAACAAUACCAAUACAAAAACACAUAAAUAAAUAAUAAUUAAAAUAUAAUAAAGAAAGGGGUGUUGUGGUGGUGGUGUUGGAUCUAGAUCUUCUUCUUAAGCUUCAAUUCUUUUCUUUCUAUAAACAAAAACAUGUUACAAUCCCAAAACAUAUCACUUUGUUCUUUUCUCUCUUCUCUCAAAAAAAAAAAAUGCCUAACAUUCUAAGCUAUCUCAAUUUCUUAAUUCCCUUUUCUCUUCUUCUUGGUUUUGUUUACUCCAUUGAUGAACAAGGCCAAGCUCUUCUCACAUGGAAAAACACCUUAUCAAACACUUCAUCAUAUUCCCUACUAAGCUCAUGGAAUUCACUAGACUCAACACCAUGUAAAAAUUGGUUUGGUGUCCAAUGCAAUUCCAAUGGUUAUGUCAUUGAGAUUAGCUUAAAAUCAUUAGAUUUGCAAGGUUCAUCAUUGCCUUCAAAUUUUCAAUCUCUCAAAUUCUUGAAAACACUUGAUUUUUCUUCUUCUAAUCUCAGUGGGAAUAUCCCAAAAGAGUUUAGUGAUUACACUGAGCUCACUUUUCUUGAUAUUUCAGAGAACUUUCUCUAUGGUGAGAUUCCUUUUGAGCUAUGUAAACUUGUAAAGUUGCAAACUUUAUAUCUCAAUACAAACUUUCUUGAAGGUGAAAUUCCUUCUUGUAUUGGUAAUCUCUCAAAGCUUGUGUCUUUAACACUCUAUGAUAAUAAAUUGAGUGGUGAGAUUCCUAAAAGUAUUGGUUUACUUACAAAGCUUGAAGUUUUCAGAGGUGGUGGUAACAAGAAUCUCAAAGGUGAACUUCCAUGGGAGAUUGGUAACUGCAUCAACUUGGUUAUGUUAGGUUUAGCAGAGACAAGCAUUUCAGGGAACUUACCUUCUUCAAUUGGAAAGCUUCAAAGGGUUCAAACCAUAGCUCUUUACACUUCUCUUCUUUCAGGUCAAAUCCCAGAUGAGAUUGGUAAUUGCAGUGAGUUGCAAAAUCUUUACUUGUACCAAAACUCAAUCUCAGGUCAAAUCCCAAAAGGAAUUGGUCAACUCAAAAAGCUUGAAAGUCUUCUUCUUUGGCAAAACAACUUGGUGGGCUCAAUCCCAAUUGAGUUGGGUGAUUGUAAAGAGCUUAAAGUUAUGGACUUUUCAGAAAAUCUCCUCAUUGGUUCAAUACCAAUAUCUUUUGGUAAGCUUUCAAAUCUUGAAGAGCUUCAAUUGAGUGUUAACAAGUUAUCUGGUGCUUUACCUAAUGAAAUAACAAAUUGUACUUCUUUGACUCAUCUUGAAGUUGACAACAAUGAAAUCUCAGGUGAAAUCCCUUCACUUAUUGGAAACUUAAAGAGUUUGACUUUAUUCUUUGCUUGGCAAAAUAAGCUUAGUGGUAAUAUACCAAAGAGUCUAGCUAAUUGUGUGGAGCUUCAAGCACUUGAUUUAUCAUACAACAACUUAUUUGGUUCAAUACCAAAAGAGUUGUUUGGAUUGAAAAAUCUCACUAAAUUGCUUCUACUUUCCAAUGACUUAUCUGGUUUAAUCCCAACUGAAAUAGGUAAUUGUACUAACCUAUACAGAUUGAGAUUAAACCAGAAUAGAAUUGGUGGUACUAUUCCAACUGAGAUUGGAAAUUUGAAAAGCUUAAACUUUAUUGAUUUGAGUCAAAACCAUUUAGUUGGUGAAAUCCCAUUAUCAAUAUCAAAUUGUCAAAGCCUUGAGUUUCUUGAUCUUCAUUCAAAUGGUUUAAAAGGUUCAUUUUUCCCAACUACUUUACCUAACUCACUUCAGUUAAUUGAUAUCUCAGAUAACAGACUCAGUGGUCAACUAACUCAUCUAAGUGAGUUGACCGAGUUGACAAAACUCAAUCUUUGUAAUAACCAACUUUCUGGUCAAAUCCCAUCUGAGAUUUUUUACUGUAAAAAGCUUCAAAUGCUUGACCUUUCCAUCAAUGGCUUCUCCGGCGAGAUACCAACUCAACUUGGCUUAAUCCCAUCACUCGAAAUCUCACUAAAUUUAAGCUCAAAUCAACUCACUGGAAAAAUCCCACCUCAGUUUUCAAACCUUGUCAAGCUAGGAAUCCUCGACUUAUCUCAUAACAAACUUUCCGGCGACUUAAACCCAUUAACAAAUCUCCAAAACCUCGUAACUCUCAACAUCUCAUUCAACCAAUUCUCAGGCCAAUUACCCAACACCCCAUUUUUCAAAAACCUUCCUUUAGCCGAUUUAGCCUCAAACAAAGGUCUCUACUUCGCCGGAACCGUUCUAACCCCUUCCGACGCCGUCGCCGGAAAAUCUCCAUCAAAAACGGUAAUGAAGCUUUCAAUGUCAAUUCUGAUCAGCGCCAGCGUAGUACUAAUCCUACUAGCAAUCUACGUCUUAAUCCGUACAAGAAUCGCCAACAGAGCUCUAAACGAAGAAGACGGAAGUUGGGACAUGACUCUGUAUCAAAAACUCGAUUUUUCAAUCGACGACAUUGUACGGAAUCUGACGUCAUCAAACGUCAUAGGCACAGGAAGCUCAGGUGUCGUUUACAGAGUGAUUAUUCCAAGUGGGCAAACCUUAGCUGUGAAAAAGAUGUGGUCUUUGGAUGAAUCGGGUGCUUUUGGGUCUGAAAUCCGUACACUUGGUUCGAUUCGACAUAAGAAUAUAAUAAGGUUGUUGGGUUUCGGUUGUAAUAGGAAUUUGAAGCUUUUGUUUUAUGAUUAUCUUCCUAAUGGGAGUUUGAGUUCAAUGCUUCAUGGAGGUAAUAAUAAAGGUGGUUUUGAUUGGGAAGGGAGAUACGAUGUCGUUUUGGGUGUUGGUCAUGCUCUUGCUUAUUUACAUCAUGAUUGUGUUCCUUCAAUUAUGCAUGGUGAUGUUAAGGCUAUGAAUGUUUUGUUGGGUCCUUGUAAUGAGCCUUUUCUUGCUGAUUUUGGUUUGGCUCGAGUUGUUGUUGAUGAUCAUCAUGGUGGUGAUGGUGAUGAUGCUAAAUUAGCUCAAAGGCCUCAACUUGCUGGCUCUUAUGGUUAUAUGGCUCCGGAACAUGCAUCAAUGCAAAGGAUAACAGUAAAAAGUGAUGUAUACAGUUAUGGAGUUGUUCUUCUAGAAGUAUUAACAGGAAGACAUCCAUUGGACCCAACAUUACCAAAUGGAGCUCAUUUAGUUCAAUGGGUUCGAGACCAUUUAGCUACUAAAAAAGACCCUUGUGAUAUUCUUGACCAAAAGCUAAGAGGAAGAUCUGACCCAACAAUGCAUGAAAUGCUUCAAACAUUAGCUGUUUCAUUCCUAUGUCUAAGUUCAAAACCAGAUGAUCGACCAACCAUGAAAGACAUUGUGGCUAUGCUUAUGGAGAUUAGACAUGUUGAGGAUUAUUCAAGACAAGAAAAAGGUGAGUUUUCAAAGACAGGAUUGGCUUCACCACCACAAUCACAAUCACAACAAACUCAAUCUCCUACUAGGAAGAUGAUUUCACAUGGUUCGUCUAAUUGUUCUUUUGCUUUCUCAGACGAUUCUAUCUCGAAAUGAUAAUACAUAUAGAAAAGUUCUUAGGUAGGUAUCAGAGGCGUCGCUUUUGCUCUUUAUUGUUUUCGGUAUAUAGAGAAAUAAUAAAUUAAUUUUUUUAAUAUGAUGGUGUACGUUAUAGUUAUACUAGAUAUACUGAUUGUUUUUGAAAUUUUUUUGAAUAAUUUACAGUGUUGAAAAUAGAAUUCAAACAGUUAGUUGUACGCGUGACAAUAAACUGUUUUGAAUUUUAUUUUUGUCAUAAUAAAUUAUUCAGAAUUUUUUAAAAAUAUACAUCUGUUAUAACUAUAAUAUAUAACAUCGUAUAAAAAAACUUAGAGUAUAAUUUCUUAGAAAGCCAUAUAUAUUAUUGUUUUUUUUAUAUAUAUAUUAUAUAUACUAAAUAUGUGUAUAUUAGUGUUAUUACAUAAAGAAAAAAAAAGGUCCCAUUAGAGCAAAAGUGGGAUACUAUUAGUGGAAGAAUUUGUAUGGUGAUUAUUAUUAAAAAAAAAUGUAUUUUUUUUACUAUAUAUGUUGUGGGUAAUGAAAGUAUUGAUUUGUAGUAAUAACAUUUGUGUUAAAUUUAGCAAAUUUUGAAGAAAGUUGAGACCUUUAGUAUGAGAGAGAGAGAGAGAAAACUAUGUUGGGAAACAUUGAUGAUGAUGAUGAGUGAGAGAGACUCAAGGGAAAGUAUGUAGAAGUUAUUUGAACAAUGAUUGGAACUUUUGUAUUUAUGUAAUUAGAAUUAUUCUAAGAGUAACUGAUUCCUUCACAUACAACUUUCUUUCAA